UGUGGCGACCAUAACGUUUGUGCUACUUCUCCUUUGAUAAAAUAACGCGGACGCUCCAUCACGGGAUAAGACAUCCGUCGAUUAUUAGUAGUAUAACUACUUAAAAAAAAAAAAAAAAACACCAGUUCAGGUUCAUAGAAAACUUCCACGGCGACAGUACAACACAGUGUUUGUUAAGCAGUUAGUUCUGCGUGACGGCAACUUGGAUUGAAAACAGAGUAUUGUCCACUCAGUUGGCUAACUGUUAGCUAGCUGUUAGCUUGUGACGUUGUUAGCAAAACAACUUAGCUGCCGAGGAAUUUAACAGCCUGUUUAUGUUCUCGCCACUUUUGAGAAAUGCUGAACGGAUCGCCGGCUCGCAGCGAUGAAACCAACAUCGGUAACGUCGAAAACAACAACCCGGUAACGUUGAUUUCCGGUAGCGAUGGGCUGAACACGGGAAACAAAACGAGGCAGGCGCUGCUGAAGAAAGGAGGGAGGAAGCUGAGGUCGACGGCGCCGCUGCACCAGAAACCCCCGAGAAACUGCCCCAACAUCCUCCUCUUCGACCACAACAACAACACUCUGACUGCUCCAUCUACUAAUCAACUCUCAGCCGAGCCCGGUCUGACCCUCUAUCAGCUCAGACCUGGAGCCAAGAAUGAGCUGCUGACAUCCAAAGGAGACUGUUUGGAGCGAGGAGCCACUCAGCCAGGAGGCCAGACUGCUCACAGUCUGCCCAGGCAUGAUCCCAUCACCCAGAGUGGAAACACCCAGAGCCACAACAAGCAGGGUCGAACCCCGGGUGUUUGUCCCGCCACAAAGAAGAAAGAUAACAGCAGCCCAAAUAAGGCCCCCUCUCUGCAGCAGCCUCCACCCAGAGAGUGGAAAAAACCUCUGCACACCUCCAACAACAUGAAGGCCCCAAAUGCACCACCAACUGAAACUGCUCCCGAAUACAUCAAAGAUGGCGAGAAGGUCUACGCUGGAGCAAGGUUCAGUGAGCCACCCUCACCAAGUGUCUUACCCAAACCGCCCAGCCACUGGGUUGGAGACCAGGAGCCUCCAAAGAGUAACCAAAGCCGAGAGCAAAUGACUGUUCAUUUAAAGUCACUGCUGAAGGUUCAACACGCAUCAUGACCGCAGUCUGGCAUCUCAUUGUGGAGCAGACCUGUCUGAUAUCUGAUUAAUAACAAACACCGACCAUUGGAAAAUUGAUAAUGAGGUAAAUGGAGUUUGGCCAUUAACACACUGCAGUACAAUGUAGGGAGUUUUUAGCUAGUGUAGUACCGUGACCCAUAGACCAACACGCUGCCUGCAUGUGUGAACAGUUUGGAGAUGUUGUGUUGUUGCUGGAGACCUGACUGACGAGCUGUGAGAGGAGUUUAUCAAAGACUUCCUGCCUUUUUGUCAGCAGAGAAAAGAAAAUGUUGUGAUUGUAUUUCAGAGUGAACGCUUGUUUUUAUGAAGUGAAUGUCAUAGUGAGGCAGCAACAGGAGCCCUGGCUCAUGUUCACAUGAUGCAAAGCAAUGACUUUUCUUUCACUCUUCCUGUGAGCACUUCUUAAGCAGCAGCCUUGUGAUGAAUCACCUUUUAAAGAGCUUGUGUUAAUGUACAUAAUAUAUUGUAAACAUAUAUUUGUGUAUAUUUUUCCCUGUUUUAACUGAGAUUCUAGUUUUGUUACUGAGGUUUUUCAGUCCCCCUGCCAACUACGGCACUUUGUGGCAGCUCCUUCAGUGUGAGGCACAGUGGACGUAAGAAGGACUUUUCUUACUGAUUUGCACUGAAAACUAAAAUCAGGAAGGGCAGGAAAUGUAACUGUGACCCAGCGCUUGACCAGCCACUUUGAUGAAUUCACCAGCCAGCUUAGAGCAAUGCCGAGGACUUCCAGAUCUUGGCUGGUUACCUUUCAAAAUGACAGUGGACAAACGGAGAAGCCACACUCAGAGUUUACAGCUGCUGGCAGGAGGUUUUCCCCCUCCCUGAACACAGGUCCAGCCAGAGGAAAGCUAAGGUCAGAUCAGGGACUGAGAAGCUGAUGAGGCUGCUGAAGCCUGAAGAGAAGACGUGGGGAGUCUCACAACCGGCUGCUGCACAAAGCCAGCAUCCAGCCUCCAGACCAAGUGCUUGUUCUUUUCCAGCUUCAUUGCACUGACUGACAGUAUUUCCACAUGAAGCCGGCUUCAUUCUGUGUCCACACUAAACAGCAGUGUUUUCUCCCCAACAAAGGAGGUUUUACCAAACAGUAGGUUUGAGGAGGUAAAUCCUGAAACCCUGGCUUGGCGUUGUAGUGAGGGUCCAGGGCUGCUUUAAAGGCAGAGGCAUUAAAGUGAAAGACAAACUGCCUUAAGUUGUCUCAGAUUUUCUGUGAUCACUCAUUUUAAAAGCCAGUGUAGCUGAUCACACACAGCUGUUCCUCACCUGUACUGGUGUCAGUCAGUAGAUGUCAUCAGCUAAACGGUACCUCCACAGACCUGCCCUGUUACCGCUGAUUAAAAGUUUGGCCUUUGACCUAGUACAAACGCCAAAGAUUUGGUGUUUCCCGCUUUUAAAAAGUGAGGAUUUUCAGCUUUUGUUUUCAGUUUAGUCUCAUUGUAAACUGGGGGUGCGUAGGUUUUGGACUACUGCUCAGACAAAACAGGACACUUCAGUCUGGCACUUUCACAUCUUGGAAAUUAUGAUUUUGAUAUUUUAUGGGAUGAUAUGAAGCAGUCAGUUCAUCAGUAAUAAUAAACAUAGAAGAGUGGUUUGGGGAGCAGAGCAUUGUAGCAGCCUUCGAACCGCUGCCCGGUUAAAAGGGAGAAUUGACUGGUCCCGAUCAGAUCAGCCUGUUUUAGUCACUCCGUUAUCUGGCAGCAGAAGCAGGUAUGUAAAUGUGAAUUUGGCUGUUAAACAGCUGGGACUCUGCAGUGUGACUCAUUCUGCACAGAUGUUGCUGUAAAGACAGUUUGGUUGUUUGCUAAAUGAAAAGACAACAAAGGAGAAGAGAUUAAGCUGUUUGCUUCUUGUUCUGGUGUUUCAGUGUGGACCAAGCUCUUUAUCAAAACAACACAAAACCGUGUAGAAACGGCUUUUUUAAAACAUGUGAACUGUUUUAAAACCACCUGGCUUCAUGUGGACGCAGUCUGUAUUAUUUUUUUAUGUCAUUUUUUCAUUUCAUAUAGCUUUUCUUUUUUCUCUGACACACUUUAAAGCCUGUUCAUGUUUACCAGGACAGCAGUCUGUGCUCAGUUUGACAGAUGAUGGUGGUUAUUUUACCACGUGGUUGUUUUUUUUAUUGUUUCUGUGGAUGCAGGCAGCUGCUGGAUCUUGUUUCUUGACCUCUGUGAUGUCACAUAAAUGGAAAACGGUAUUACUGUAGCGAAAACUGCCCAUUUUAUUGCAGUGUUUUAAACUGAUCUCAUUCCAGUUAAAUCGCCGAGUCACAAUUUGGAAAUAAAGUGUAUUUUAUGAAGCCUUUCAUAUCUAAAUUAAAAUUCAAAUAAAAAAUUGGAUACCCCGUUACCUACUGCUUCUCUGU